AUGUCCAAGAAAAAUGCGUUAGUUCGAUUAACAGCUAUUCAUAACCAUAUCAGUAAUCAGCCUCAACCAACAGGUCCUGUCGAUUUAAAACGAGAACGAGAAAAUGCUACGUUUAAUAUUAAACAUAUGAAUUGGUUAUUUUGGGGCGAUAAAGAAUUUGCUGAAGCCUUACAAGUUGCCUUCUUGAUUAUUCAACGUGAUCCGGAUCUUUGUUUUCCAGCAGGUCAUCAUUUUGAUUUGACAAUACCUGAGCAACGUGAAUUUACUAUGAGACAAAUCUUUAGGUAUAGGCAAUUAAAAGGAUCAUUGAAAAAUUCAUUAAUGCUUAAAGCGUUUGAACUUGCCAUGUCUAUGUAUUCGGAAAGUUUUCUGAUGAAAAUUUAUGUGCAUGAUACAUUAUUUUUACAAUCAUUCCAGUUGUUUGGUACAAAUGAACAAAAUGAUUCUUAUUUAGAUGACAUUUUAAAAUGGAAAGUUAUAGGAUGUUUUGCUAUGACAGAAUUGGGACAUGGUUCUUUCUUACGUGGAUUGGAAACAACUGCGACAUAUGAUAGAGAAACAGAUGAAUUUAUCAUUCAUUCUCCAACUUUAACUGCCACAAAAGUGUGGAUUGGAAUGGCGGGGCAAACUGCAACACAUACAAUAGCACUAUGUCAAACAAUAGUUAAUGGUAAGAUGUAUGGAGUAAAUUGGUUCAUAGUACAAUUACGAGAUCAAAAAAAUGGAAGAUUAUUGCCGGGAGUAACAGCAGGAGAUAUAGGGGCAAAAUAUGGAAGAAAUGGAUUGGACAAUGGAUGGAUACAGUUUUCGCAUGUACGUAUUCCAAGAACAAAUAUGUUGAUGAAGUGGGCUAAAGUUACUCAAGAAGGAAAAUAUAUUCCUUCAGCGAAUCCUGAGAUAUCUUAUUCUCCAUUAAUUGGAGAAAGACUUACAGUAUUAUCGGAAUCUGUUAAUAUUUUUGGACAAUUUCUUACCAUCGCCUGUAGGUAUGGAUGUGUUAGAAGACAAGGAGCUAAUGACGAACAAAUUAUGGAUUAUCAAUCUCAUUACGUUAGGCUGAUGCCUUGCGUUGCUAGUACUUACGUCAUAGAAAUUGUUAAUAGGAUGAUUAUGAAUAAAUGGCUUGGAAUUAUGAAAUUAGCACAAACAAAUCAAGAAGAAUUUGCUUCACAUUUACCUGAUAUGCAUGCAAUAUCAACGGGAUUGAAGGCGACUAUAUCGUGGUGGGGGUGUGAAGUUUUAGAAAGAGUUCGUAGAUCUUUGGGAGGUCACGCCUAUUCUUCUUAUAAUGCUAUCGGUGGAGCUAUUGGAGAUUGGGGUGUCAUUACUACAGGAGAUAAUUAUGUUCUUCUACAACAAACUGCGAGAUAUCUUUUGGGUUGUUUUAGAAAAGUUUCUCAGGACAGCGAAAUUAUUGGUUCCGCAGAAUUUUUGAAUAAUUUUCAACAAAUACUUUCAUCUACAAAAAGUACUUUGUCUGAUGAAAGUCAAUUAUUGAAUCUAAACUACACAUUGGAGAUGUACACUUGGCUUUGUUUUAAAAUGAUUGAAACGGUUGCAACCAAUAUAGCUUCAUCAACGACAGAUGAAGAGACCACAUGGAAUAAUAAUCAAGUUGAUGCGGUUAAAUUAGGAGAGUUAUAUUCAUAUAGAUUUACCUUAUCAGAAUACAUGAAAGCCAUUGAAGAAUAUUCAAAAUCAACAACCAGCGAAUUUAAAGCAUUAGUACCCAUAUUGAUCAAAUUAGGAAAUCUAUGGGCCAUACAUUUAAUUCAUGACUCGUUGGGAUUGUUUUUGGAAAGAGGAUAUUUCAAUGGAGAACAAGUUCAAAUGAUAAAGAAAUGUUAUUUGGAAUUGUGUAAGGAGAUAAGGAAGGAGUGUAUACCUCUUGUUGACUCCUGGGGAUUCCCUGACUUUAUUCUGAAAGCUCCUCUUGGAAAGUUUGAUGGUGAUGUUUAUCCAGCUUACUUUAAUAUCAUGAGAGCAGCACCUGAUUGUAUUGGAGUGCCUAGUUAUUGGGAAAAAUAUAUUAAACCAUUGACUAAUUCCGAAUAA